AUGUCAGCAACUGUUUUAGGCAUUGAUACUCCAUUACCCAAAGAAGAGGUAGAAAGUUUUGUCAUAGCAUCCUUUAUGGAUGAGAGAAACCACAUUCCACCUCCAAGGACAAGGACGCGAAGAGCUGCAAACCCUGUGCCGUCACAACCGACCGCUGUUGAGCGUAAAUCAGUCAGGACGAAUCCUUUUAUGGGAGCUCGCGAAGAUGUGGAAGGAUGCCACGUGCAGAAUCUCUAUCUCAAUUUCGCUGAUAUUGGAUGGCGGGAAUGGGUAAUCGCACCGGAAGGCUACUCAACAAACUUCUGUGCUGGCGCCUGCUCUAGCGACUCCCCCAUGCAUAGCAAGAUGAACGCAACGAAUCAUGCCAUUGUUCAGACUUUGGUCCACCUAGUAGACCCAAAACGUGCAGAAGAGUAG